UCCAUGAACGGUUGCUAGGAGACAUGUCGACGAGGCGUUCCGCAGAAAAUACCACUGAAAAGCAUUCAAAUGAAAUCAUUUGGAAUUAACGAACAUUUCAUUCAGUCCCAUUCGCUAUGGUGAGGUUGAGGGCGAGGUGUUUGAUGGUCGGAGAUCCAGCAGUGGGCAAAAGUGCCCUCUCACAGAUGUUUCACAGUGAUGGUACUCUCUUCCAGAAGAACUACAGCAUGACAACGGGAGUGGAGCUGCUCAUCAAAAGCGUCAACAUCCCCGAGAGCGGCGACAGCGUGGUGAGCCCGCUCGUUGCUCGCCGUCGAGUCGUGGCGCUCGACCGCUCUCGCAAUAGGUUGAAAAGCGAGCGCAAAUAUUUUCCCUUACAGGAACUUUACAUCAUCGACUCUGCGGGGAAGGAAUCCUUGGUGGAAGCCAAUGAGAAGAUGUGGGGGGAGCUGUCUCUGCUGUGCCUGGUGUUUGACCUGACCAGCGAGCGCUCCUUCUCCAACUGUGCCCGCUGGAUGGAGAGGCUCCGCGCCCACUGCAGGGGGCGCCACGUUCCCGGGGUUCUGGUGGGCAACAAGUCGGACCUGUCAGCCAGGAGGGAAGUGCAGGCGGCCGUGGCCCAGGAGUGGGCCCGGAACCAGGGGCUGGAGUACUACGAAACGUCAGCUAAAGAGAUGGAGAAAUGUGACGCGCCGCUCCUCAGCCUAGCCCGGGCCUUUCACUCGCUCUACCAGGACCGCAGAGAGGCCAUACAGAACCUGAGUCCAGGCUAGAGAGCGAGACAAAAUUGUCCUCAUUAAAUACAUUUGAAAAGACAGCCGACGUACCGCACAUUGAGGUGAACGCUCUUGAGCCUCCGCUCCAGUGGUGGGCAGUGUGGCGCCAUUUUGAAUCAUCCUUUCUUGGCUGUUGCCGCCGCCAUGUUCGCACCGCCCCCUCCCCCCUCUGCUCUGAUCACAGCAGCACUGCAGAGAGACAUGCCGCCGCCGCUGUGAUCAUUGCAUCGGGGGAGAGCGGGAACGGCCGCGGGCGAACGAGAUGGG